AUGACCUUGUCCCUUGACCAUCCUGACCUGCAUGGCUGGCUGCUGUCUUUCCGGGGUUUGCUGACAAAAGCUGCCUCUGCUCCUUGGCUUGGCAAAGAGUCUGUUGUCAAACCUGCAGGAGCCAUCUCUGCUGGGAAGCAAGUGGUUCUUACAGUUCUUACCACAGACCAGAGAUGGAGCUAUCUGGACAGUUACUACAGUCAAGGAACAGUUUGGAAAAGAAGCUCAGCAUCUUUGCUUGACAAGCUGAAAUACAUGCAGUCUUUUUUUAAGCUGAAAGGAAAUGGGCAAAUGACCUCAGAAACCUUUGAACUAAUGAAACAACCUCGGUGUGGCGUGCCUGAUAUGGCCGGGUAUCAUUUUUUCCCCAGGAAGAUUAAGUGGCCAGUGUUGGAUUUAACAUACAGAAUUGUGAACCAUACCCUGGAUCUGAGCUGGGAAGAAGUGGACCAAGCAAUGCAUGAAGCUUUGCAAGUAUGGAGUGAUGUCACCCCUCUUCAUUUCACCAGGAUCUUUAAUGGCACUGCUGACAUUAUGAUCUCUUUUGGAUCCAAAGAGCAUGGAGACUUUGUACCUUUUGAUGGACCAUUGGGUCAACUAGCUCAUGCUUUCCCGCCUGGUGACAAUAUUGGAGGGGAUGUCCACUUUGAUGAUGAUGAAACAUGGACUAAUGAUUCUAGAGAUUUUAAUUUAUUUGUGGUUGCAGCCCAUGAGUUUGGCCACACAUUGGGGCUACAACACUCAAGUGACUCUGAAGCUUUGAUGUACCCUCUUUACACUUACCGUAGCCUGAAGGACUUUGUUCUUCCUGAAGAUGACGUAGAAGGCAUCCAAGCUCUUUAUGGUCCAAAAAAGAAGACAAGCAAUGCUAUAAUUCCACAGAAGUGUGAUGCAAACUUCUCUGCAGAUGCUGUUGCAGAUAUAGAUGGUGAUAAAAUCAUAUUCAAGGACAUAUUUGUGUGGCAUCACAAUUAUCAGACGAUUGGUGAAGGUUGGAUGGUUAUUGAUUCUGUUUGGCCAGAACUUCCAAACUUCCCAGUUGAUGCAGCUUAUUAUUCCCCAGAGAAGGACCUUCUCUUCCUAUUUCGAGGUGAAUGUUGCUUUGCCUUUCAUCCAUGCUAG